CGCCUCGUAGGGCUGCGGUGCCGUUAGCGCCCCGGCAGCGGGAGCUGCCUCGCCGCCACGGGGUGGUGAUCGCGGCGAAGCGGGACUUCGGGCUCCCUUGGCCCUACAGCCGCCUCUUGCGCCCCUCCCCGGGCCUCUUUCCGCCGCCGCGGGGCAAGCUACAGUGCAAGAAUGAUCAUCCCAGUGAGAUGUUUCACAUGCGGCAAAAUAGUUGGAAACAAGUGGGAAGCCUAUCUUGGCCUUCUGCAAGCAGAAUAUACAGAAGGAGAUGCCCUGGAUGCCCUUGGUUUGAAGAGAUACUGCUGCCGCAGAAUGCUCCUGGCCCAUGUGGAUCUGAUUGAGAAGCUUUUGAAUUAUGCGCCCCUGGAGAAAUGAGAUAGAUGAACAAAGUACCACACUGCAAACUACAUGGAGCGGAUCUCUAAUGCUAAACUUGAAACUGGACUUCAGGUAGUAAUGGAUGAAAGCCACCUGUCAUGCAGCCACUGGGAAAUGUUUAGCCUCUGCAGAAAAUACUGCCCUGAGACAAUAACGUCUUUCAAGGAAACAAAGGAAAGAUGAAGUCCACUUAACCAAGAUUUGGAGAUCAAGUUAAAAGUUUGGAUGCUUCUUUUUUUAAAUCUGUGUUUGGAGUUGUUUUGUGAACUUUUAGAUGCAGCUGCCAGCAAAAAUAAGUGUGUGUUCAUAUAGAGAAAUUACUAUAUUUCAUUAAAAUGUUGAAAUAAAGGAGGUCUUUCCCUGUAGGCUUCCUACAGUUUCUGGAUA